ACACAACAGACACUAGUAUGGCAAUAUGUAAAUCAAUGGAUGUGUAACUGAUGUGAUUCUGCAAUCUGUAUAUGGGGUAAAAAUGGGAGCUCAUAACCCACUUGAAUCAAAUUGUGAAAUAUGAUAUAUCAAGAACUAUGUAAUGUUUUGAACAGCCAACAAUAAAAAAUUUAAAAAAAAAAAGUAAGAAACAAAUAGGAUUUAGGAACAUAUUAUGAAUAGACUGUAUCUUAAAAUCCCUAAUUGAGUGUAUCUUAAGCCUCUCAAGGGGAAUAAUUAAUACAAAAACAUUAAAUAAGCCCAAAGAACCAGAAAUAGCUGUAAAAUUAGAAACUGACAGGUAACAAAAUUUUACAUUUGCAAAGUUUCAAAUUAAUAAAAAACUUUUAUUUCUUAAAAAAAAAAAAUAGAGACAGGGUCUCACUGAGUUGCUAAGUGCCUUGCUUUUGCUGAGCUGGCUUUGAACUCAUGAUCCUCCUGCCUCAGCCUCCCGAGCCACUGGGAUUACAGGCACGCAGCACCACCAAGUCCAGCUUCAUUGUAUUCAUUUUAUAAGUCAGAAAUUCUUUGAAGGCAGACAAUCAAAUUACUCCUUCAUAUGUAUAUUACAGAGAUAUGGGGGAGUUUUAGAUACUGCUUUUUCUUGAAAAGAAUCCUGUGUUUAACCUAUUAAAAUGGAAAUGAGCAUAUAGUACCUGAAAAACAUGAAAGUAUCUUUCUUCUAAUGUUUUAUUCUGUGUCAGAAGCAGGGGGCUAGUACAUGCAGCAUGAGAAACAUGCUAUUUAAAAAGUCUUAUUUUGCCUUUAUUUUAUCUGCUGGUUAUGCCCACUUCAUGGCACCAAAAAAUAAGUAAAAAGAAUCAGUUUUGUUUAUAUUUCUCUCACUGCAUACUUAACAAAUGUUUCCCAUCUGCUCUCACCAAUCCAGUUUCACAGCUGUUCUGGGAGAAAGGCUGAGUCAGAAUUAUCAUCUGUUUUGUGCACAGAUAAACUGAGGCCCAGUUAAGGAAAAUGGCUUUCCUGAGUCACAAAGUUGGUGGGGGAGGUACUGACAAAGGUAUCCAUGACUCCAGCCCCCUUUCUCUGCCUCCUCCUACUUGCUGUUUUUUCUGUUCUUUCUCUUCCCUUUUCUUUUUACUUCAACUACCCUUUCCUUGCUCCAGUCUACUUUGUAAGUUAUCCAAACAUUUGCUCCCUCCAGAAAUCUGCCAGUCUCAUAGCCACAGCUCCAUGUCACCAGAAACUAUUUGUCUUGAACAAGCCCUUUCCUGGUUCCAGGAUGCAGGGAUUAACUUGAGGUGACGCUCUUGUCUCCAACUGGCCCCAGAUAAGAUAAGGGUGGGGAUCAGCACUAUAAACAGGUUUCCAUCCUUCCUUGCCACCCAGGCCCCAGUUAGCUUGGGCCACACCAGCUCAGGAUCAGCAUGGCCGUCCGUCUAUGGGUGGUCACCCUGGCCUUGGUUGCCCUCCUCGCUGUGGACACGGAGGUGCCAGUGUCAGCAGAAAAGCUCAUUUUCUCAAGAAUGCCCAUCUGUGAGCACAUGACAGAGCCUCCAAAUUGUUCCCAGACACCUAACCUCGUCUGUGGCACUGAUGGGGUCACAUACAACAGUGAAUGUCAUCUCUGCUUGACCCGAAUAAAAACCAAAAAGGAUAUCCAGAUCAUAAAGGAUGGCAAAUGCUGACCCUGAAGGAGCGCCUCAAGCCAGGAAGCUUCAAGCUGGAGAACAGUGUUGGGCAGGGAGGAGAUGUGACAUAAAAUAAAAGCUCCAGCCCAACCCAGGGAAGUGAACCAGUGUCUUUGGGGACUCUGGGGGAGGUGAUUGUGGUGAGGGCUGGGAGGGUGGAUCUUGCACUAUUCUUUCUGUUAUAAAUCCGAUGUCCAACUCCUUUCCAUCCCUCUGGUGUUCAACCCUAUCUCAUGUCUCCUUUGAGGUUUCAGUUGUCUCCUGCCCACUUGAGAGGUAGCCUCUGACCCCAGGACAGUGCCUGGAACCUGGAUGAGAUCAAUAUCCUUUGCCACUAUUGAUAUGUGUGGUUCAGCUUUAUUCACCCCCUUCAUGGAAGCACACCCUGCGUGACUUUCUCUUGGGUUGUUCAGCACUCUGGGGCAUGCAGAAACAUACACAAAUUCGAUACAAACACAGCUUAUAUUCAGGAAGUUUACACAGAACAGUGAACUAGGUCUUCUGUUCUAAAUCCUCUGAAUGCUUCCCUAAACCCUGGCCACCUAGACUGUCACCUGAAAACCUCUUGGAUAUUCCAGUGUCCAGUUAACACCUGGCAAAACAGGAUGACUUCCAGAUCCUUUUCUGCUCUUUAGGUCAACAUCUGCUGACUAGAUGACAUUAGACACAACUCCAGGCACACAUAGCACAUGUAUAUCCACACCAUGGACCACAGAGACACAGAGCACUAGAAAUCCCACCAGAGACCUCAACUUGUGGUACAUGCCAAAUACUCCCCCCCUCCCUUUUGGCCUUUUUGCCUCUUGAUAAUGGUGUCAGGGGAAAGGAGUGUGGAGAAAGGCCUGACCAGGCAAGAGCAGUUGUUUCACAUGGAUUCAGAUUUCUGUUCUAGGUGGCUAGAAAGAGCAGGAAAUGCUCCAAGAAACCAUAUGUCAUUGAGAAGAAAGCCGAGCAGGAAAGGCAGAAAUUGUUGCUGAUAGAUUCCAAGUGGCAGGAUCUGGGAGAUGAUCUUCUAUAGGCCCUUCUACUACUAUUGAUAAACUUGUUUCCCAUCUGCAAACAAAUGAUGUAAGAUUCAGUUUGGCAGUUAGAGACAGAAAACCAAAAAUAAUAGAAGCUUAAGCAGAUAGAAAUUAAUUUGACAAUUCCUUGCUUCUAUAUUGUUUCUCUAUCAUUCUCAUCAGUUUCCAUCUUAAAGUUCAAGAGAGCUCUUCCAAUCCCAUCCAGCAUGACUGCAUUCCAAGUUACAGAAAGGAGGAAAGGGCACACCACCUACUAUUGAAGACACUUCCCAUAAGAUGUAUAAAUUCAGUUCAAUUGGAUAAAAUGCCCCUUGGCCAUUUAGAAGCAGGAAGACUGAGAAAUAUCAUCUUUACCUGUGUAAAAAUGAGGGGAGUUCACUUAUUGUAGGAGGAGAAAGUGGAUAUUAGUGACAUCUGAAAAUCUCCCUCCAAAGCGAGAAGGCUCUUUAAACCUAAGUGGCACAGAUCAAACAUCUCAGUGAUGCUUUCUUUCAUGGAUUCCACUCAUAUGCUAAGAAAUCAAAGAUUAAACCUGAACAUUGUGGCAGACACCCUACUAGAAGAAAUUCCUAACCCCCAUUUAUAGAUGUGGACCACUCUAAAAGUCAAGAGUGAGCCCUAAAAGGCUUAUCUAUGAUAUGCGACUCUGUUACCCUGGGCAUUGUUGAUUGGCUAAAAGAUUCUUGCCUGGGAAUUUUCAAAUUGAAAACAAGGAAACUAAGGCAGUAAGAUGUGUGAUGUGAAGACUGCAACGAUGUUCACUGUUUUGAGAUUACAGAAGGAACAAGAUAAGGACUUUGGUCUUUAUCCUAAGAGAUGUGGGGAGCACUGGAGGUUUCCAAACAAGGAACUUAUGUAUUUAUGUACAUGACUUAUGAACUGAGGCUGCUCUGUGGAAAAUGAACUGGAGAGAGCAAGAGAGACCGAAAUGGUAGCUAAAUAGAGGAAAAGACAUAAGAAGUGAAUGAAUGUAUAUAACCCCAAGUCACUGGGGAGGCAGAACAAUAGAUAUUAAAAGCACGGGCUCAGGGCUGGGGGCGUAGCUCAGUGGUAGAGGACCUGCCUAGCACAUGCAAGGCAAGGCCCUGGGUUCCAUCCCCAGCAUUGAUAAACAAACAAACAAAUAAAUCAAAGGAAAGCACAGGCUCUGACAUCAAACUGCUUAGCUCUGUGUUGUGGCUUUACCACUUACCACUUUAUUUAUUACCGUGAGCAAACUACCCAAAUUUCCUCAUUUUUUUCUACCUCUUUUAUUAUGUAAAGAUUAAAUGAUUUAUAAGAACUUAUAAUAGUGCCUGUCACACGACAAUUUCUUUUUCCUUUAUUUCUUUUUUUUCAGAUAUCUGUUUUUCCCCACAUAGUAAUUUCUUACUAGUCUGAGGUCUUACCCACCCAGUCCUAAACUGCUGGGACUUCAGUGAAUCCCUCUCUGUCAAAUGAAGUGGGCCUUGGGCGGCCUAUAGGGAGCCUAUCUCCUGAGCACUAUGAUAAAGAAUGAAAUGACAGCAGCUGAUAAUGUUUUUUCCCCCUGUGGGUACAGGGGUUUGAAUUCAGGGGUACUUAACACCGACCUACAUCCUCGGCCUUUUUUUAUAUUUUAUUUUUAGACAGGGUCUCACCAAGUUGCUGAGAGCCUCACUAAAUUGCUAAGGGUGGCUUUGAACACAUGAUCCUCCUGCCUCAGCCUCCUGAGCCACUGGGAUUACAGGAAUGCACCAGCAAGCCUGGCUGUUGACCAGUUUUAUUUUUAUUUUUUUCAAUUUUAUGAGGAAUCACCAUUUUGUUUUGUUUCUUUAUUUUAUGUAUUUAUUUUUACAUGGUGCUGAGGAUUGAAUCCAGUGCCUCGCAUGUGCUAGGCAAGCAUUCCAUCACUGAGUCCCAGCCCCAGCCCCUGUUGACCAGUUUUAAAAGGCAAGGCCCACAUCUCUUAGGAUAAAGACCAAAGUCCUUACCUUGUUCCUUUUGUAAUCUCAAAACAGUGAACACA